GUGCACAACUACAGCGGCCCCCUACGAGUUCGCAUCUCUUUGGUGACCAAGAAUCCCCCAUACAAGCCUCACCCCCACGAACUUGUGGGAAAAGACUGCAAACACGGCUACUACGAGGCUGACUUGCAGGAGAGACGGAUACACAGUUUUCAGAACCUGGGCAUACAGUGCGUGAAGAAGAAGGAUGUGAAUGAGGCCAUCACUUGUAGACUGCAGACCAGUAACAACCCCUUCAAUAUUCCUGAGCCCAAGGUGUGGGAGGAAGAGUUUGACCUGAACUCAGUGCGGCUCUGCUUCCAGGCCUCCAUCACUUUGCCUGCGGGGGAGUUGUUUCCUCUGGAGCCCCUCGUGUCGCAGCCCAUCUUUGACAACAGAGCCCCGAACACAGCCGAGCUGAAGAUCUGCAGAGUCAACCGCAACUCGGGCAGCUGCAAAGGAGGCGACGAGAUCUUCCUGCUGUGUGACAAAGUCCAAAAAGUUCCUGAGGUACCUCCAGUUGCCAGCAGGGGGCCCUACUCAUUUCCUCAACCAGGACAGCUCUUCUCAGUUCAGCCCAAGGUGGAGCCCCCCUCCUCCACUGCCACAGCAACGACCACCCAAACGUGGGAGAUCAUGGAGAGUCUGAAGCUGGGCCCUCAGCCCAAAGCCAACCCAGUGCCCACCUUUCAGAUAAACCCAACACCCAGCUCCUCCUCCACCAUCAAACCUUCCACAGUCCACCAGAACUACUCCACCGUCAACGUGUUAGACCUUCACGAAUUCUUCCCCAACAUCGCUCAGGAGGCUGUAGCUAAUCAGGUAGCCCCCCCGCAGACCAACAGCCCCUUCUCCAUUCAGGAGGCUCAGUUCCGGGCUGACCCUGAUGAGGACCUCCCAGAUUUUCCCAGCUUUUCUGACGCCCACGUACCUGGCCCCCUGGACAGCCUAAACAUGGAAGACUUGGAGGACAUUCUGAACUCCCGCCUGAUGGGCGAGGGUGGAAACACCUCAGUGUUGGCAUCAUGCCAGCAAGCGUCUGUCCCCAAGUCCACCGCUGUUGCUCAGAACGGUGCAGUGUCCCAAAACACACCUGAGGCUGCCGCUACCGCCGGAACCACCUACAUGAAUUACCCAAACAGCAUCGCUAACUUGCUCCGGAACGAAGACAUGAUGGUCCUGAGUGCCGGCAGCGCCACCACCAACCACCACCAGUCCGCGGUGCUCGACGACCUCGAUGAGCUGAUGUCCGCUGACGAGGACCGUCUCAUGUCCAUCUUUAACAGUGGGAGUCAAGCUGGGUUUGUGUCGGGACACCCAACCUAAAGAUUGUCUUUAUUUUUACAAAUCAUUUAUGUCAUCUGCCCUCUUAAAGACUGAGUUUUUAUUAAUGCAGAAAAAAGAGGGA